AUGGAGCACUCUGGAGCCGACCCAUUCGACGGCAAACGAGCAGACGGAUUACCUGAUGGUAAGCAAUCAGCGUCGCCCAUGGACACCCACAACAAAGAAGGAGUGCGUUGCCGACCUUUUAGGGAUUGGGAUUUUGGGGAUUUAGGGAUUGGGAAGCAAAAACAGAAGAAAAGAAUGCUACGACAAAGAGAGUUUGCAUCAAAAAUCUUUGAAAUGUGUUCCGAACUUGAUUUUGCUAAAGAGAGAUACAACUAUAUAGAAGCAUCUAAGGAGCAAGAGAGACAGAAUUUCAUUGCUAACAGAUUGAAGGCCAAAGGAGAUGCACUUAAUAAGAAGAAGUAG